AAAACCCGUGAAAAACCCAAUAUUUUAACGAGUCGUCACGGCACCGUUAAAAAAUGCACUACGUGGCACCCAUAAAUUGACGUGGCACAUGUGGCGUUUUCUUAUUCAUUAGUAAUGAGGGACCCAAGUGGAGGUAUUGUAUGGUUCAAUUAUGGUGGGCGUUUUGUACAGGGACCACCAUUUAGAUAUGUAGGGGGUGUACGAGAGGAUGUUCCAUGUGAUACGAAUAGGUUGAAUUCAUUUAUGAUUAUUGACUAUGUUGUUAGACAAGGUUAUGAUCGAGUUUCAAUUAAAGACAUUUACUAUAUGCAACCUUGUAUGGAUAUACCAGAAGGAUUAGUUUCUUGUAAUUCAGACAGUGCAAUUAGGGAGAUGAAUGAUAUAAUUUCAUAUGCUGGCAAUGUGGAGUUGUAUGUAGACCAUGACAUCAAUAUACUUGAGAUUGUUGAGGGUACACUAUUGCUCACAGGGGAUGUUUCCAAAGAUGAGGGUGACAAUAGUGGUGGUGAUGUUUCUGUGCAUGGGGAUGAGGGUAAUUUAGGAAGUGAAAAAAGUAAUGAUGUCGAUAGUGGUAGUGAUGAUGUGUCAGUUAUUGACUGGGAGACAAGUUCAGAUGAUAGUGCAUGGUCAUUGGGGAGUGACAAAACUGAUGAUGAGCAAGUUAGUAUUGCUAAGUUGGCUCAGGAGGUUAGGAAGAAAAGGAGAAAUGCCACAAGAAGUAGUAGAAAGAAGUCUAAGGCAACUGUGCAAACUGUAACUAGGAAUGAGCAAGAAGAUGAUCAUGUUGAAGAACCUGUAGUAACUCAAGAGCAACCAUUUGUCCAGCAACAACAACAACCUAUAGUCACAGCUGAUCAAGCUACUGUCCAAGAAGCUACUGUGACAGAUGCUGCUGGUAUAGAAGAAACUGCAACAUGCAGUAGAGGUAGAAAAAGGAAAUCUGCUACUCAGCAUAAAGUCAGACGAGGUGGUGGGGAUAGGGUGAGAAGAGAAAGUGAUGAUCUUGGUGCUUGGGAAUUUCAUUGGAAUUCAGAUGAUGAGGAUGACAUCCUUGUGCAACCAGAUCAUGUUGUUAGCAGAAAUGUCUGUCAAACCUACUAUAACCCAAAAUGGAAGGUCCCAUAUUUUGAUAUUGGGAUGAGGUUCAAAGAUGCACAACAAUUCGGAAGGGCAGUUUGUAAAUACUCCAUACAAAAGCAAGCUCAACUACGAAAGGUCAGAAAUGAACGUACUAGGGUGAGGUUUAGAUGCCAAACAGGGUGCAAAGGGGAGUUGUUUGCAUCUUAUGACAGCAGAUAUGAGUGUUUUAUGGUGAAGACAUACUAUGGGGAGCAUAGAUGCUUCAAAUCUUAUGACAAUGAGCUUGUAACUUACAAGGUUGUAGCAGAUCUUUUUAAAGGAAUGAUUUAUGAAGCACCAUUUACAAAGCCAGGCGAGAUUGUUAAGUGGUGCAAGACUGAAAUUAAAGUGAACAUCACACUUGACAAGGCAGAAAAGGCAAAGAAGCAUGUUAUGACACAACUAGAGGGUAGCUAUGUUGAUGAAUACAAAUACUUGAAGAGCUACGCCAAAAUAUUGAGGAAUAGCCAUCCAGAGAAUACUGUUGUUGUCACUGCCAUUGAAACAAGUUCUAAUGAUACUAGAACUUUCCAUAAAAUGUAUGUCUGUCUGCAUUCCCUAAAGCAAGGUUGGAAGGAUGGGUGCAGAAGGUUCUUUGGUGUUGAUGGCUGUUUCUUGAAGGGAAUAUGUAAGGGAAUUCUGCUAUCUGCAGUUGGGAAGGAUGGGAACAACCAGAUGUUUCCAAUUGCCUGGGCAGUAGUGGAGUCUAAAUGUCUUGAGUCAUGGCAGUGGUUCUUUGAACUACUAAAAACUGAUUUAGAUCUUGGCACUGGUGCAGGCGUAAUAGUUAUGUCAGAUGAACACCAGGCUAUUGUUGACGACUACUUAAAAAGGGAUUAAGUGUGAAAUAUAUAAGAAAAAGGGGAGUCGCCA